AGUUGUUUCCGGUUCCGGUGUCAUGGACGGCUCCUUCGCUGAAGGCGAUCCUGCCGCGGUCUGCGGGAAGAGGCAGCAGUUCGGGAGCCGGUUUCUGAGCGACCCCGCUCGCGUCUUUCACCACAAUGCCUGGGACAACGUGGAGUGGUCGGAGGAGCAGGCCGCGGAGGCAGAGAGGAAAGUCCAGGAGAACAGUACUCAGCGGGUGUGCCAGGAGAAGCAAGUUGAUUAUGAGAUCAAUGCCAACAAAUACUGGAACGACUUCUACAAAAUCCAUGAAAACGGGUUUUUCAAGGAUAGACAUUGGCUUUUUACUGAAUUCCCAGAGCUGGCACCUAGCCAAAAUCACUUGAAGAAUUUGCUCUCAGAGAAUAAGAGGAGUGAAGUAUAUGAAUACUAUAGAAGUGGUGAGGAUGGAUCUGAUUUAAUAAUGGAAGAACAGCACAGUUGUUCUUCUGUUAGCCUUGGAGAUAAGACACAGCCACCUCUUAUGGAAGAGAGUGUAACUCAGAAACUCCGUCACCUGGAAAUCUGUGCUAAUGAGUUUCCUGGAUCCUCAGCAACCUACCGAAUACUCGAGGUUGGUUGUGGUGUGGGAAACACAGUCUUCCCAAUUCUACAAACUAACAAUGACCCAAGCCUCUUUGUUUACUGUUGUGAUUUUUCUUCCACAGCUGUAGAACUUGUCAAGACAAAUUCAGCAUAUGACCCUUCUCGGUGUUUUGCCUUUGUUCAUGAUCUGUGUGAUGAAGAUAAGAGUUACCCAAUGCCUGAGAAUAGUCUUAAUGUCAUCAUCCUUAUAUUUGUUCUUUCAGCAAUCAUUCCAGACAAGAUGCAGAAUGCUAUCAACAGGCUGAGCAGGCUUCUGAAGCCCGGGGGGAUAAUGCUUCUGCGAGAUUAUGGUCGCUACGACAUGGCUCAGCUUCGGUUUAAAAAAGGUCAGUGUCUGUCUGAAAAUUUCUAUGUGAGAGGCGAUGGCACCAGAGUGUACUUCUUCACACAAGAUGAACUGGACACACUUUUCACUACUGCUGGACUGGAAAAGGUUCAGAACCUGGUGGAUCGCCGGUUGCAAGUGAAUCGAGGAAAACAACUGACAAUGUACCGAGUUUGGAUUCAGUGCAAGUAUCGCAAGCCUCUUGUGUCUAGCACCAGCUGAGAGGCAGGCACCACCUGCUCCUGACUCAUAGGCUUGUUGGGCUUUUUAAAAUGAACAUUCACAAAUGGUGUCUUGUUGUUAUUGAACCAUUCACGGAUUCAAAACAGAUUUGAACCUGGGAAGAAUUAUUUUAUAUCAAGAUUCUAACUGUUUUGCUUCAUAUUUGUGAAGCCCUGUGAUACACUUUUCUCAAGUUUUUUUCUUUUGUGGAGAUCUCAAAGAAUCUUUCUUGCCAUUUUGUAACUUAAUAAUUGAAAUGUUAUUCAUGGGAAUCAGGAAUUUAUAUCCAUGUGAAAGUAUUAUAUGAUAAAGUGAAUGACUGAGUUGCAUUAAAUUAUCUGAGGAUUCAGAUAUGUGGACUAAGCAGCUGAUGCAUGGAAAGAUGAAUAAGAGUCUCACUCAGUGAUCAUCAAGGAAGCAAGCUGGGAAGAAUUGCCUGUCUUUGGAUGUUCUCCUGACUCAGAAAUACAGCAUCAAUAUAGGGUGUCCCUGUUAAGUAUUUGGUUGUGGUCUCUGCUUAACCUUAAUUCCUUGGAAUUUUAAGUACUGUUCUCCCCCUACCCCCUGCCCCCAUCUUAAGUAACCUGUGUCUAAAAACAUUAAAAAGAUCGUCACUUUUAGCAAAUUGUGUGUGUGUGUGUGUGUGUGUGUGUGUGUGUGUGUGUGUGUUUGUGCUCUUAAAUUUUUGACGCAAAAGAAAUUGGGAGAAUUUUAGGCAUUUCACUUCUGAAUGUGAUCCUUCCAUCCCUGUUACUUUUUUAAUGUGAUUGCCACCCUCUCCCACCCCCUUGAUUGAUUUUUUUCUUCUUUUUUAAAGAAAGUAUUUAUUUGGCUGCUCUGGGUCUUAGUUGUGGCACAUAGAAUCUUCCAUCUUCAUUAGCAUGUAGGAUCUUUUUUAGUUGCAACACGUGGGAUCUAGUUCCCCGACUAGGGAUCAAACCCAGGCCCCCUUCAGUGGAAGCACAGUCUUAACCACAAGACCACCAGGAAAUUCUGCCCUGAAUCGUUUUUAAGAGUAAGUUGAAGGAUGAUGUCCAAACACUACUGUGUAUCUUAUGUAAUAUUUUAUAAUGUGUAGUUCCAGUAACUGAAGAUAUUCUCCUGUAUCACCAAAUAUAUCCAUCAGAAGUAAAAAUUAACAUGGAAACAC